AACGAAAGCUUUGUAGUUUGAGCUAUAAAAGUCAUAUCAUUGUCUUUGAGCCAACAAGGAAUUCAGAAGGUUUUUUUGGGCGCCCUCUUCUGAUGGGGAACCAAUGUGGGCGUUCGUCUAAAACUGCAAACGCCUCUUCUCCUAAUGUUUCAAAGAAUCCACUGUCAGUGAUUAGUGAUUCCAGUGUAAAGAAAUCAGCUAAGAAAUCUUCAAGCGGAUUGGGUAAUUCUGUUCAACAGCUCAAAAGUGAGGCACCAAACAAUCUGAAGUCCUUUAACUUGAGCUACCUCAGCGCCGAUAAUAAGAAUUUUAGAGAGAGUGACGGAUCAAAAACGGUCGGUCUGAAGCCCUUCAGCUUGAAUGACCUCAAGAAUGCUACUAAAAAUUUCAGCUCCAAUUCAUAUCUAGGUGAAGGAGGAUUUGGUUGUGUCUUCAAAGGGUGGAUUGAUGAGCAUACUUAUGCCCCUACUAAACCAGGCACUGGAAUUGUUGUUGCCAUCAAGAAACUCAAACGAGAAAGCUAUCAAGGGCACAAAGAAUGGCUUGCAGAGGUGACCUAUUUGAGCCAGCUUCACCACGAGAAUCUUGUCAAACUUAUAGGCUACUGCUCAGAGUUGGAUAGCAAACUUCUUGUUUAUGAGUACAUGCAGAAAGGCAGCUUGGAGAAUCACUUGUUCAAAAGAGGUGUACAACCUAUUCCUUGGCCAACGAGAGUGAGCAUUGCCAUUGAUGUUGCCCGAGGACUGUCCUGCUUACAUGGCUUAGAAACUCAAAUCAUAUUUCGUGAUCUGAAGGCCUCAAAUAUUCUCCUUGAUUCGGAUUUCAAUGCUAAACUAUCAGAUUUUGGCUUAGCUAGGAAUGGACCUACUGGAGACAAGAGUCAUGUCUCCACUAGAGUGGUUGGCACUCGUGGAUAUGCCGCUCCAGAAUAUAUCGCCACAGGCCACUUGAGUUUAAAGAGCGACAUAUACACUUUUGGAGUUGUACUGUUGGAGCUCCUAUCAGGAAAACGUGCGGUGGAGGAAGAUAGAGGAAAUUCAGACCUGACUCUGGUCGACUGGGCGAAGCCAUUCUUGAAGGAUAAAGGAAGAAUAUUGAGGAUCAUGGACAUACGAUUGGAGGGUCGGUACGCUAAGAAGGAAGCCCAGGUCAUUGCUGCUCUUGCCUUGCAAUGCUUACAUCUAGAUCCGAAGAACAGGCCUAACAUGACAAGCAUUCUUCCGAUACUAGAAAAGCUUCGCGAGAGCAAAGACUGCAUUACAUCUUAUGCAAGGGCCUAGUCAUGUGUCACAUACUUUGAUAACAUUUUGAUAAUUCAUCAUACAAUAGAAAGAUUUCUUCUGAAGCUAAACAUUGAACAGACAAAUAGAUAAUGGAGUGGUGUUCAAGAUGCUGAUUCAGUGAUACUGCUGCUGCCAAAGCUUCAACCUGAGUAGGUCAGACAGAGGGAAGUGGUUACUUGAGAAGCUAUUUCAAGAUACAAGAAAUUGGCAAGUGUAUCGUCAAAUAUUAGAGCCAUGAUCAAAGACAAUGAUCUCUGUUUUUUUGUUCUUUUGUUCAAUUGACAUACUGCGUUUGGGAUCGUCUGCAAAAUUCUAGUAUGAGAUCUAGAGUUGCAAGAAUUGAAUUAAAUAAGAUUAUCAUGAUCACUACAU